AUUCAUUCAUGGACGUUUGAAGUCGUAAAACUAUGUAACCGAAUUAAACGGAAUCUUGUUAGGAGAGAAACAUAAGCGAGUCUCUAUGAGAUCCUAUUCACCCGUUAUUACUACUGUAUACGUGAAGUCAGUACCGGUAAUUAGUCGGUUGUGUGUGUCAGCGGCUCACACACACCGCUCUCUGUCACCGGGGAGGAGGGGCUGGACGCAGCCAGGAGAGGAGUGACUUACUUUCAAAAAUAGUACACUUCAUCACAGCAGCAGCACUGAGAACGGAGGGUGUGAAACAUGGUCGGCUACGGAAAUAAAUAACGGGACCGGGGCGAUAUUAUUUAAAUCAGAAAAGAGGGAGACCGGAGCGUACGGCGAGAAGAGGAAGUGGGCAUUUCAAGAGAGAAGAAAGCGGGUUUAAGUCGGUACAACACGCUUCACUGUUGAUGUUGGUAUUUGGACACGAAAUACCUGCCGAAAAUAGUCCCGACGUCCCUUAUUGAGGCUCCUCUGUCCCGUGUGACCCCCUGACACAGAGAGGAUGGUGAUGGAGGAGGGGGGGCAGAGAGACAGAGGGGGGGGGACUCCAGCAACAGUAGAAGCAGAGCGGAGACAGAUCCUUGUAGAGCUUGGGGAGCAGAACUUGGAUGCCAUUUGUCUCUCCACAUAUCGGACAGCCUGCAAGCUCAGAUUCAUACAGAAGAGAUGCAACUUGCAUCUGAUCGAUAUAUACAAUGUGAUUGAGGCGGUGCGGGACGCCGGUCUGAACGCGGUGGAGCUGAACGCAGGCAUCUCCGUGACCAGACUUGAGAACUUGGUGUCCGCCCUGUUCAACCAGCUCAGCAAGCGCCUGCCCACCACACACACCAUCGACCCGCGAGAGAGCGCCGCCCUGUUGGUCGAAUUCUUACUGGCCGCCAUUGACAGUGAGCCUGACAGCCGUCUGACGGUGCUGUCUGUGAAGGCGAUGCUGGCCACACUGUGUGGAGGGAAACUGGUGGAUAAACUGCGCUAUGUGUUUUCUCAGGUAUCUAACUCCAGCGGCGUGCUGGUACAGUCCAAGUUUGAUGAUUUUCUGAGGGAGGCUCUCAAGCUGCCAACUGCUGCACAUGAAGGACCGUCCUUUGGCUACACACACACCUUAGCACGCUCAUGCUUCCCACAACAGAAGAGGGUGAUGCUCAACAUGUUCCUGGACAUUGUAGCUGACCCUCCUCAGUGUCUUGUCUGGCUCCCUCUCAUGCACCGCAUGGCCAACGUGGAGCAUGUCUACCAUCCUGUGUCAUGCUCCUACUGUCGUGGCAACGCAAUGACGGGGUUCCGCUAUCGCUGCCUCCGUUGCCGUGGUUACCAGCUCUGCCAGAACUGCUUCUGGCGCGGCAACGCCAGUGGCUCUCAUAGCAACCAGCAUCAGAUGAAGGAGCACUCGUCCUGGAAGUCGUCGGCGACCAAGCUUGGCCGAGCCCUGAGCAGGACUCUGGGCUGUGUGUCGUCCAGAGAGCCCCCUCACCCUAUUUACCCAGAGGAACCUGAGAGGACCCUCAACCUCUCCAACAUAGUCCCCGCUCGCCCCAUUGGAAACACCAGUGACGCCAUGUUGCUGUCCACAUCAGUGCCCGAGUCCUCCAAAAGUUUGGCAACCGCUCGGCGCAUGAACGAGGAACACGCUCUGAUCGCUGCGUAUGUGAAUCGCCUCCAGAGCAGCCCGUGUAGUGUGGACAGUCCCAGCAGAGAAGAAGAGGAGCACAAACUGAUCGCCCGCUACACCUCCCGCCUGGCAGAGACUGACAACACGGGAGUGAUACCUAACCGGAGCAUCAACUUUGAUGUGAACAAACAGAAGAGGGAGCUCAUUGCUCAGCUGGAAUGCAAAAACAGAGAGAUCUUGGCGGAGAUCAAACGUCUCCGUGUGGAGCAUGACGCAGCGUGCCAGGCCACCACCAACCCGACUCUGCUGGCCGAGCUACGUCUGCUCAGACAAAGGAAAGACGAGCUGGAGCAGAGGAUGUCGUCUCUGCAAGAGAGCAGGAGGGAACUGAUGGUACAGCUCGAGGGACUGAUGAAGCUGCUCAAGGCGCAGGCGGCUGGCUCUUCUCACGCCUCUCCCUCUCGACCGAGCCCAACCGUUCGCUCUGUCGGCGCUGCAUCUCCCCAGGCUCACAUGUACCCUCCCCAGGAUUCACUCGCUGGGGUGGGUGGUGACGUACAAGAAGCAUUCGCCCAAGGCCCGAGGAGGAACCUGAGGAAUGACCUGCUGGUAGCAGCUGACUCCAUCACCAACACUGUGUCUUCACUGGUCAAGGAGCUCCACUCUGAUGAUGUUCGGGAGGAAGAGGAGAGAUUGCUGAAUGGGAAAGACAGAGCAGGUUAACAUGAUCACAGGACAAACCCAAACAGCAGAGUGAUGUUUCAUCACGGCCAAAGACGACUGACCCUGCUGAGAUUGAAAUAUAUAUUCUUGUAUUAAUCGUUAGCCAACGGGGAUUAGAGCUCCAGUGCUAGUCAACCAAUCACGAUGCUGGACACCAAACGGCCGCUGGGUCCCCACUGAUGUAUAGCUGUGAUUCUGUGUGUGUGUCUUGUCACUGUGGAUUGACUUUUGUUUUCAUUUGAUUGUGCAUAGCUUAAGGGGAAAUCUGAAACCUACUGAUUUGUACUGUAGCACGUUUGUGUGUGUGUGCGUGCGCGUGUGUGCGCGUGUGUGUGCGCUCUGCAUUUUUCCGAGGGUCGAGUAAGUGAUCGGGGCACCGUGAAGAGAGCAAGAAAGUUUCGGGAUUGAAAAGACAGGAUGUAAAUAUAGUGGAGAGAAAAAAAGAGAGGGAAAACUUAGUAAAGUCAAAAAGAGGUGAACUGAGUUGAAAUGUUUUAAGUUUCGGCACUGUGUGCUUAGUAUUUAUUGCUUUGAUUUGAUUUUUGACAUCUAUUCAUUCAGUUUAGAGUGUUUAUGUGUGCGUGAGUGUGGUCCAGCCCUGCUGAGACGAUAAGCUUUAAUGGGACGUUUCCUGCUGUGUUUAGCCGAGCCCAGUGCAGGGUGGAAUGCUGAAGGCCCGGUCCUGGUUCAGGUGUCUGAAGCCUGGAAGACAUUAGUGCCGUGGGUGCUGCUAUGACAGCAGCUCAGGUCGUCCAGGCCUCUCUGUGUAUCUCGGUACUGCAGUGGCACGACACUCAAAGAGGAGAUCUCUGAUUACUUUGCGUGUGUGUGUGUGUGUGUGUGUGUGUGUGUGUGUGUGUGUGUGUCAUAUGAGGGAGAGAGAGUAUAUAAAACCAUUUGCUUCAACAGUGUAGCAAUAUAGUAGCAAUGUGGGUGGAGUAUUUAUCCCCAUUACCAAUGUUCUUUUAAAGGUUCAGUGUUUCACAACUUGAGUGUGAGGAGCCACAUGAUUGAAGGCAUGUGGAACAAAGUUGUUUUUCCUGAAUUAUCCCAAAUGUUUGCGAUAUCUUUGAUACGUUUCACCUCUUCAGGAAUCAAAUCAUUAUUGAUUAUUUAUAAUAUAUAUAUAUAAUAUAUUAUAAUAUAUAUAUAUAUAUAAUCAAGAAAUGAAGUCAACAGAGACACAAUUAUUUUAAAACAAGAGAAGAAGGAAUAAAAAAAGCUACCAACAUGUUGUAAUCAGGAACAAAAAACAUUUACCCCAGAAUUGACUCAUUAAACACAAUUUUAAGCCCUCUGAUUGGAUGGUUAUUUUUUUCUGCAAUGCUCAAUAGAAAUUUAAGUCAACUUUUUUCUUUUAAGUCAUACACCGUUUUGACUUUCUCUACCAUCAGAGUUUCAUGUUCACCGAAGCCGUGAAAGGGCUCCAACUGCCAGUUUCCGAACAUUAUCUAUGCAAAAGAUGAACCUUUUCCUUUCAGAGAUACUCCUCACACGUUGCUACUCUCCCUCAAGCUUCCUGUGGAAAGCAGGCGGUCGUGAAGUUCUCUGUGGGUGUCGAACCACAACCAGCACCCCAAAAAAAAAAUCUUCAGACCGGUAAUAUGAACCGGGUCAGGUUGAUUGUAGCAGAUGUGAAAUAAUUAGAUUAAAAAUAUGCUUUCAGUAUUUCAGGGUUUUGGUUCCAGCUCAUAGGAAGCGUUACUUUUAAUUGUGUUGUACAUUUUUGGAUCAGAUAUCAGUUGGACAAUAUUUUCUUUCAGACUUCACCAGCCCUCUAACUUGUUUGACAGACUGCUUGCGUCGGUGAUUAUCACAUUUUCAGAUUGAAUGACUUUAUGAAUCAAUAAAUAAAUCAAUGUGUGUGUGUGUGAGAGAGAGAGAGAGAGAGUUAAAUCUUGACUGACAGGACAGCCGUGUCCUGACAUGAAACUGUAAACACAGCUCUGAACCUAUCUGAGCUGACUGAGUGUAGGAAGUGUGUUUCACCUGCAAUAAAUAUAAUUUAACAUCAA